AAUGGAAAAAAGAUGCAGAGUGUUGGAUGCAUGUUUUUACAAAGAAUUAUCCACAUAUGGGAACCCAGUCGACACAGAGAGCAGAAGGAAGUCACAGCGCUCUAAAAAAGGCAAUAGAAGCAUCAAGUGGUUUGGAGCAAGUAUUUUUACAUAUUGAUCGUGCCUUUCAUCAACGCCAACUACAAACGAAUAGAGCUCUAGGCUCGAACAUUGUUUCUGCUGAUCCAUUUAUACGUAAUGACAAAAGGUUUGAAUUAUUGCUUGGAAAAAUUUCUAGAUGGGUGAUUGAUAGAAUCAAAAAAGAACCCUUGUAA